AUGUCAUUCAGUGCCACAAUUUUGUUCUCCCCUCCCAACACCAAAGAGGCAAAAUGCUGCUGCUGCACCUGCAAGCAGGAGCCAGGGGCUCAGGCAACUACGCCGCCACCGCCACCAUCUUCAUCGAGCACCCCCAUCACGGUUACAGGCACUGGGCUAGCGGUACAGUCUUCAGAGCAACUGCUCCAUGUCAUCUAUCAACGUGUAGAGAAGGCAGUGGGCCUUGCUGAGGUGGCGCUGAGCCUGGCCAAAGCCAAUAAUGAAGCCCUGAGGCGGCUGGAGGAGGAAAUGGGGACACUGCGCCGAAGGACGGCCCCUGUCGUCAAAGCCAGCCCCCUGAGUGGUCCUGAGGAGCGGCAAGAGGACAGUGAAGAGCAGAAUGAGGAGGAACAAGAGGCCGAAGGCUUCAGAAGUGGCGUCCAGGUGGUCAUUGAAGAGCUGCGGCAGCUGGGAGCGGCGGCAGGGCCACCUGGACACUUGGGUUUCUCGCCUGUGCAUCUGGGGCCUGGGGGGCUUGGCGGGGUAUGUAGGCUGAAGAUUAAGAGCUUCUUUGUCCCUCCCACCCCACAAAAUACACACAGUCCCCAUGUCCCUCCGGUCAGACACAGAUGGGCUCAUGAAUAUUUGAUGGCAUCUCUCGCCUCCUCUGCCAAUGACCUGCUCAGGAGAGAUGCAUUCUGGGAGCCAUGCCAAGCUCUGCUCUGCUGUUGUGGCCUGGGGUUGGGGGGCACUGGCAAGAGCUAAAAGCGUAUGUGUAUUUGUAUAUGUGAUACUAAAGCUGGUACGGGAGUCAGGCUGGAGCUGUUUGCGAUGAUUAAGGGGCAUUGGCAACGUUGUGAUUGGCAGACGUUCUAGUAGGUUAGUGUUAGAAUGUUUUCAUAUAUAUGGGGCUAUGAGAAGUGCCUUUGAGCCUUCCAUACCACUUGAGCCAACUGUGAACUUUUGUCGGUACAAGAUAAAAAGAGGCUUUAAAAUUCAGCUAUGUAGUUUGGCCAUUACGCACUUGUGUUUGCAGGCCAAUGCGUUUUGUGUGUGUGCGUGAAAACACACAAAAGAAGGUUUGGAGGAACUUUAAAGGAUAGUAGAGCAGAGAUUAAUUAAAGGCCCACAUUUUGAGUCAGAGCUGUAGAAUUGGAAUAGCAGCUGCGAUAGGAAGGGUAGCUGCAGUUUGGAAUGAAGGAGAUCAUAUUAAGUUGUACAAGUCUUUUUCUUGUUCUCAGGGAGCAGAAGAAUCACCCGCAGUAGAUGUCUCCAUUCAACGGGUCUAUGCCACACCACCUUCCCCCUCCUCUCAACCUCUGGAUGAUCCUUCUCUCUCCUGCCCAGAGGUAUCCCCCAACAGCAUCACCUUGGAGGACAACAUGUGCGGGGAGCCACGUUUCUCUUUGGGCUUUGCAAGUCUUCCUUGUAGAAACCGAAGCAUGGGACAGAAGAAUGCAAGGCGCAAGAGGGACUUGGUGCUCUCGGUUAGUUGCCUUAGAUAGCUGCCACAUAUUGGAGCUUGUGUCUCACAAGGAACUUGGCAUGGGCCCAGCAGCUUAGACACUGCAAAGCUUAUUUUAAUUAACUUUCUGGGGCAUGCUGCUCUGUUUUAAUAGCUUGGGGUUUGCAGAGUUACUGUGGAGGGGCACUUAUCUCUUUCUGUUUACUCUCCAGAAACUGGUCCAUAAUGUCCACAACCACAUCACCAAUGACAAGAGGUUUGAUGGCUCUGAGAGGUGAGCUCUGGGUGGGAUUGGCAAAUAAGAUAAGGAAGAGUAACUGCAAAGGAAAGAUAACCAACAAGUGUGGCUUCUCUUCUCACUGUGUUGUGGUGGGAGAAGGAAGUUGCAUGGAUCAAGCUGGUCUUUUCUGCAUAGCUAAUAGAAGCACAGAACACCUUUAUUGAUCUGGCAACCCAUGUUCCCACUGAAAUUAAUCUCAACAUCCUGAAUAGUAAGCUUUCAUUAUUAUUAUCCCUUAUUAAGGCACCUUAAUAACGUUCAUGUUAUUAAUGCUUAUAUAGGGCUAACUGUUUGCAACGUGCUUUAUAAACUACAAGAGGUCUCUGCCUUAAGGGCUUGUAAUAUAGAAUGCAACACAUGGGAGACAACAGGAAGGAGAAGAAGGAGAGAGUCACGGUAAAGAUGGGAGAAUAAUGUACUUAGGGUUAGUUAGAUUAUGGUAUGAGGACCUGGAGGUUGUGCUGAAGGCAUUGCUAAAAAUAUGGGUUUUGAAGAUGGAUUUGUUCUAGUCUUUACGUUUCUCCAUUCUCUUUCUCUCUCCCCCCACCCCAGCAUAAAAUCUUCAUGGAAUAUCUCUGUAGUGAAAUUCUUGCUGGAGAAACUGAAGCAUGAAUUGGUAUCAAAUCACCACAAUUACACAGACAAAGAACUAAAAGGUAAGAUGAGGGUGAAUAAAAAUACUUCACUUGGUUCAUGUCUGGAUUUUAUUGUUAGAACAUACCUAGAACAUUUUUACCUGUUGAGUAAUCCUUAUACACUUUGCUGGUAAAUUUUGCUCCAGGUCUGAAAAUAAAUAUCUCUCUUGGUGUUCACUCUGGAACUUACUGAUGUUGUUGUUGUGAUAUUUGUCAGUCACUUUUCUCAGACAGUGACUAAAGUGACUUAUGUUCAGAAGUUCAGAAUAUCCAAUGACAAUGUAAAAGCACAGCUAUGCACAAAAAAGGCAGGAUUAGCAAACUCUACCCCACUAAAAGAGGCCACAGUGCCACCCUUCAAAUUAGGAGCCAAAAAUCCCAGGUAAAGAGAAAAGUCUUUACCUUCUGGUGACAUUGAAAUGCUGGCUGUUCAUAUACACAGACAUGCAGACAUAAAUAUCCUCUGGUUACUCAAGUGUGCUUCAAGUUCCUGCUUUUCAUGCCUGCAAUUGCUUUGCCUACUUUUUGUUCUGUUAGGUGCUUGUGUGGCCUACUUUCUAACCAAACGACGUGAGUAUCGCAACUCUCUGAAUCCCUUCAAAGGACUCAAGGAGAAGGAGGAGAAGAAACUACGAAGUAGACGCUACCGGGUAAGGGACCAAUCCAUUUUUCUGAGCAAGUAUUUCUCCCGUAUUAUCUCAACACUACAUUAUCUACCAAAAAUAGUUUUUUGCCCCUCUUUUUAUUUAAGCCCAAAUGCAUUCCUCCAUCAAUUCCAAAAACCACACUGAAGUGGAGUAGAAAAUGGCAUUUAUAUUCUGGUUAGAAACAUAAAGAAGCAACACUGUAUAUGACAGGUGAAGGAAUAGGUUUGGUGCACUAAGAAAGUUCUUAAUAUUUAGCUGGAAUUCUCUUCCUUGUAAUUUGAACUGUAGGUUCAUAUCCUGUUCCCUGGAAAUUUGCUCUGUCAUCUAUGACAGACCUUCAAAUAUUUAAAGAUGGCUUCUUAUGCUCCAGGCUAAACAUACCACAACUCCUUCCAAAUUUUCAUUACAGGGCUGGUCUCUAGGCCCAUUUCAUCUCUGCUCAACACACUCCGGUUGUUGAAUGGGAUGAGUUGCUUAACAGUGGAACAGACCUGCCUCAGAAGUUGGACUCUUUGUUUUUUAUGCCGACGGCAGAUGGCUAUCAGGGAUGCUAUAGCAGAGAAUUUCCUGCAUUGGCAGGGGGAUUCGACUUGGCCCUCCAGAUGUUGUUGAAUAACAACUUCCCAUCAGCCCCAACAAGCAUGGCCUAUGGCCAUGGAUGGUGGAAGUUGUAGUUUAACAACCUCUGGAGGGCCAAAGGUUCCCCUCUCAUAGAUCUUUGGGGUCCUUUCUAACCCUGAUUAUAUAAGGCAGCUUAGAAUAGGUUACAUGUAGUGGGAAAUGCUAUAUAUCUUCAGUGAACUAUGUGAUGUUGAAAUUACUUGAAGUAAAUAUAUGUUCAAACUGCUGCAAAGACAUUCCAUCAGUUUCAUCAAGCAGUUUAGGUGUUAAAUAACUCAGAUUUCCUAAUUAAUAAGUGCAUGUUUACUUCUCAGCUGUGACUUUCAUAACAUUUGAGUUCUGACUGUUCUUGGAUUCCAGCCGUAACGACAUUUCCUCAGACAACACCAUUUCAUUCCCCUUUUUAUAACCUUAUCCUAACUAAGAAGUAAAUGGCACUGUGUUCAAUGGAGCUUACUCCUUAAGGCUGUCAUCUUAUGUACACUUCUUGCGAAUAAGCCCUAUGAACUGCAGUGAGACUUACAUCUGAGUUAAAUAUGCCUAUGCUUUAUGGAAAGUUGCCAAAGGUAACCGGAGACGGUUUACAAAAUGUUAUGGAAGUUUUAGAAGUGAUUUAACUGGUUAAAUCCUUAAUGAGUAGUGCUAUCCUAUGUCUGCUUAGAAGUCCUAUUGACUCCAAUAUGGCAUAAUCCUGGAUAGGUUAAGAUUGCAACUGAAAUGUCAUUUUUUAAAGACUGCAGUCUCAUGAACAUACAUAAGGUAAUCCCAUUGAAAAAAGUGUGACUUCUGAAUAAAUACGCACAGGAUUGGUCUGUUAGCAGGGUGAGAGGAUUCUCUCAGUCAAAAAUAAAUUACUUGAUCAAAGUUGUUAAACAAACUACUAUUCAUUCUAAUUAGCUUCCUACCUAGCAGUUCGUUCCUAAGUGUAUUUACUCAGACAUAAGGCCCAUUGAGUUCAAUAUGGCUUAUUUGCAAGUGUCGGCUUCUAAGACAGCAGCCUGAAACAGAAAAAAAAGGAAGAAGACAAAACCAGGGAACUGGAUCAUUAUGUCUGCAUCCCACUUGUUUUCCAGUAUCAUUUAUCAAAGCAGUGCUGGUCUUCCUUUAAAAAGAAAGAAAAAUGAAGCCUGCCUCAGAGUAAAGCUUCACUCUCUUCUGAGACCUCCCUGUAGCAGAAGAGACUUUCCUUCACCCAGGGGAGCAGACACUCGGGUGGUGGGGCAAAUGAGCCCAUCAACCCACAGCUGCCAUGAGGUGUUUGCUUUAUAAACUGCAGGCCUUGGAGCAUGUGUUCUAUUUCUGCUGCAGAGACGAUUCCCAAGCUAGCUUGUCAAAUGCUGGGCAGCAGAAAGCUGUGAUUUUCAGACACAUGCCACAGACACUGGGCAGCAAGGAAGCAAAUUCUUAAGGUGGUGGGGGAUUGCAAUAUAGAGCCGAGUUUUGGAGUCCUCCAACACUAGGGGGAGGACAAAAUGGGGGGGAGGGAAGGUAUAUGAUAUAGGAGUUUGGGGGCAGGGAGAGACAUUUGGGAAAGACAGACCAGUGAGGACAGAUGGGGUGAGUAAUUGCAGGGGUGUAGGCAAAGAUGAUAUUCUUAGAAUGACUAAUUAGGCUUCAUUUUGUCUUACCAUUAGCUUUUUGCAAAUCGUUCAGGGGUGGCGCGUCUGCUGGGCCCUGAAGAGCAGCGUCUGUGGCAAGGCGUGACAGAAGAGCUCAUGUCAGACGAGGAAGACAGCCUAAGUGAGCCAGGUGUGUGGGUGGCACGCCCCCCACGAUUCCGCGCUACCCCUCUCACUCAGCUUUGCUACCGACUUGAUGCCAACUCAAAGCAUGGCACCAAAGCUAACCGGGUUUAUGGGUCGCCCUCUGACCGCCUGCCCUCCGCUGAAGCUCAGCUCCUGCCCUUGCACCUCUACAACCCCCAUUUUCAAGAGGAAGGAGCCAGGGCGGGCACACCGCCUAGGCCGCCCAGCCACAAAGGCUUUUGUCCUGACCUCAGCUCAUUUGUUGAGAUCAAAGUGGAAAAGGAUGAGUGA